AUGGACGGAGGGCCUAACGAGCAAGCACCCAGGCUUCCAGGAGCUCAACUUAUGGGUUCAGGGGUAAACUCAGUGCAACCUGCUUGUACCGAAUCCCAUCAUGCGAUCAGUGACUCCCAGAUUUUCCAAAAAGCAUUAGUCACCACGAUUACGAUUGCAGAAACGCCAUUUUUCAGCCUCUCCUUCCCUUACAUUUUCACGCGUUUUCAGAUUGGAGAAAUUCCAUCUCUCAGAGCCAAAAAUCAGAUCGAAAAUCCACCCUCCUCCCUCAGCCUCCGACCAUCUCCGCGCCGCCGGACGUCCGCCACAUCACGCACAUCAGACAAACCGCGCCGGCCGAGAGCCACUUGCACUAGCAUCACCGCGAGCAGCAGCGAACACCCCGUCGCCGUGAGUUACCGAGUCGUCUGUAAUCCGUCCGUCCAUAGCCGAGACAUCGCAGCCCUCAGCCACCAGCCGCCGUCGUACGCCAAGGGCGAAAGGCCGCCGUCCCCACGUCAUCGCUGCAACUCGCCAAGGACGACCCCGCAACCCCACGACCAACUGAAUAGCAGUCCUCUUCCGCCGGCGAACAGCCACGCCCCGCGACGCCGCUGUAAGCAGCCGCUGAAGUCAGGUUUUUGUUUAGCUAUAAGGCCUGUUGUUGUGCUUAGAAAUGUUAUAUUCGAUUUUAUGCUCAGCAUGUUGGGAGUGCCUUGUAUGUCGAAUAAGAAUGCUUGUUCCAUUGUUUUGUUGAGCUUUAGAUUCGGAAUAUGCUGCGUUUUAGACUGCCGUUAUGUAAUUAUUUCAGAGCUUGUUGAACAUCAGUUUCAGUUUGAAAAAGAGUUCGAAAUCCUUUAUAUCGGAUAUAAAAAGAUGCCGAGACAGAGUUCAACCAAGAAGCCAGCUAAGCAUUCACCAGAGGGACCCACACCACCCGAACCGGAAACGCCCGCUGUGAAGCCCAAGAAGAUGAGUUCGGAGAUUGACGAUAUUUUUGCAGCAGCGAAAAAGAGAAAGAGAGCCGAAGAGGGCAAAAAGGUUCACAACAAGAAACCAGGAAAAGUAGAUGCUAAAUCACAUGAUGGACUGAGGAGAGAAAAGGAUGCGAAGAAAAAAUCUUCGAAAGAAAACGGGCCUUUUAGGCCCACUUCUUGGCCAAGGAAAAAGACUGCAGAUGGGCUAACUAUUUACACAGAAGAGGAGUUGGGCAUCGGGACAACAGAUGCCGGAGUCGGCCCUCAUCGUCUCCGACCUCCGACCGGCGCACCGCUCAUCGCCGUCACACAGCCACUAUUCGCGGCGGACGCCGGCGGUCCUCCGGCGAACCACCAUGCUCGCGCGCAAUACACACACACACAAAGAGCACCAUCGACCUCUGUCGCCGACGUAUCAAUCUCCGCCGCCUCCUACAGCUCGAACCAUGCCGUCGGCGACGAGAGAGGUGGUCGGAAGCGAAACUCCGGUCAGCUCCAGCCAGGGCGGACAACGGUUUACUCGGCCCUGAACGACGGCGGAACAUGGAGGUUUUGGUCGGCAACCUCCCGUGAUCGGGACGGCGGGUGCGUGGGUGGUGGUCGGCCGAAAUCUGGAAUUUGA